AUUUAUAUAUAAAACGUUUAUAAUAGUAUACCAUUUAUUCUCAUAAAAUUAGAAAUGUACAUUAUGAUAUGUCUGUUCAUUGUUCUGUUGAGAUUUACUCUUAUCAGGUGCAACUCGGAUUUGGACUCUUCCACUUCAGUAAAUGUUUGGAUUGAUCGAUGCACGCUACAUAUAAAUUACACUCGACCAGCUGGAAAUGGAUCAUGUUUGCCAAGAUCCUAUCGUGUUAUGAUUGUUUAUUCAGAACACGAUAAAAUUACUCAGACAGAUACAGACAUCCUAAAAUACUCUUAUUAUGGCAUAAACUCAACAUCGCAAUAUACAGUAAAAGUCCUACCAGCAUUUUCAUGCAACGUUUCCAACAAUACUUCAACUCUUUUUGGAAAUUCUAGUGAAACGACGAUUUCAGCCUUAGCAGAAUUUUAUAAUCAAACUGUCACAGCGAAUGAGUCAACAAACGUUUCCAUAAAUUGUCCUGUUCAAGAAGGAGCCUAUGGAACCAUCAACUUUAUAAAAUGGAACCACAAGGUAGGCAAAAACAACGUUGUGGUUCGGAACUUCGCCACACCAACAGUAAGACUAGAUAAUGUGAAAUUUGAGGAUUCGGGAACGUACUUUUACACUGCGGAGUACCGAGGAUGCGGGUUCCAGGCUGCCAAGCUUUUGCAAAGGAAAGGAUUUGUACAUGUUAAUUUUCACGGUUCACCAAUUAUCUCAGAAGUUAAAAGAGCAAUUGAUGGACAGGCAGAAAAUAACUCAACCUAUGUAAUGAACGUAAUAAGUCUUCCUAAAGCACCUAGGUCUGGAAUAAUGAUUGAAUAUAAAAACGGACCCAAGUUGAAAAUUAAUUGCUCAAAGGUUGUUCCAGCUGCUUUUCCGUAUUACAUGCAUGGACAGGUUCUAGAUGUCAAUGGUUAUCAAAUGGCAUUUGAAAUUGAAAAAGUAACCGAAAAAUGGCUGAAUGAAUUCACAGUUUACGUUGACAACGACUUUGGAGAACAUGGAUUUAAAGUUGUGCUGGAGGAAAGUAAACUGAAAUUGAACACGUUUGAUAUAGAAAGUUUCAUCAACAUGAACACAGCUGCUGUCUUUGGUUUAAGUGGAGGAGUUGUUUUGUUUGUUGUGAUAACAUCUGGAGUUGUUAUCUGCUGUAUAAGAAAAAAACGAAAACGAAAUUCCACAUGCAAAUUGCAAAGAACUGACUCAAGUAAAGCACAGGGAGACAAAACGUUACAAUUAGUCGAUAGGAUCUACAGUCCGUACGAAGCUCCAAAUCAAGACGGUGAUUGCACAUAUAAUCAAUACAAUCAAAAGCGGAUAGAAAGAGAAAGACAACAAAUUGCAAGUACAUAUAGCUUUGGAGGAUUUUCUCUCGGGGAAUUUCAUGAGGAGGACACCACCUACAACAAUGACCCUUAUUCUACGAUAAACCAAAAGAAUUGCGCAGUUGCAAUGAAUCAAUGACAUUUGCUAUUUUUGCAAGUUAAGAAAAUGUGACAACCAAUUUAGUUAAUUCGAUGUAUCUUAUAAAAUAUUGGACAGUCUUUUUCUUAAUACCUUAGUACAAGUUGUUUUAUGCAAACCUCACUACUUUUCAAACAUGAUACGGUAUAUUCGUCUAGUAAUUGUUGAAAUCUGGUAGUUUUCUUAUUCUUAGUUUUAAAGACGUGCUAUGCAAAGUGCAAAAUAGGCCUGAAUAGAAAUUAAAGCAAAACUAAAUACGUAAUGUUAUAUCUGGUUACGACACGUUAAGUCUUAAAAAUAUUUCAAAAUAUAAUAUACUUUUUAGAAAGGUAAAGGCGUGCAAUUUUGUUUUAUUUUUUCACACACACACACACACACACACACACACACACACACACACACACACACACACAGGGGUCGAUAUUUAGAUAAAUUAAAAGCUAUUGUCUCUUAUUAAAAAGUAUAAACGGGGUAUAAAUAGUUUAUAUUUUACAGGAAUGACGAAUGAGUUCUUUGUUGCGCUGUUUUUAAAAAUAGUUUCAAUAUUAUAAGUGAAAAUUAUACUGCAUACAGGGAAAUAUUCGCCCCCGUUUUAUUAUCGUCCCUCUCGCCCUCGUUGUCAGCGGGCGAAUUUAAGACUCGGCGAAAUCCGAAGUCUAAAUAUCUUUCUUUAAACACAACUUUGUCUGGGCGAAUUAAAGGUAUAUCAUUUAAAACCAACAUAACUUGACCAGUUCUUUUGUAACUAUCUAUGAACAAAACAAAUACCAAUAAUACUUACUAAUAUACUACUUCUAGAGUAGGUGUGUUGUUUACUGUGGUUUCAUUAAUAUUCAAAGGCAUCAAUUUUCGUGGAAAAAGUGAAAAUCACAGUUUCAAGGAUACGUAAAAUCGUGGCCAGUGACCCUAUCAAUACAAAAUGUUAAUAGAUAUUGCACUUCAAUAAACACUUAAUUUCGUGGAUCAAUUUAUUAAAAAAAUCCACGAAAAUUGGUAUUCAACGAAUAUUUAUGAAACCACCGUAAUAUUUUUGCAUUUAUAAUGUAGUAUAAGGUUAAUGUUUUGAUUGAUUCGUCUCCUUUCAUUAAAUAGAUUAACCACUAGAUCCUAGAUAUUUCAAAGAUUUUGACCUCCCCACACGACAACUCCUAUGAGUUCGUAAGAAGAGCAUAACGAUAUGUAGUAUUUCUUCAAUAGUAUAUUUUGUUUUAAGAAUACACAUAUCUUUAAUUUUUAUCCCUAAACCUUUAAUAAUGAAGUUGAUCUUAUGAUAAGACGAUUUCUCUGACAUUUAAUAGAAAACGUUUGAUUGUGACAUUUCAUUUAAACCUUAUUAGGGGACGUUUCGUUAUUGGCAUUUCAUGUGCAUGUUGGAAUUUCCUCGAUAUAAACCUACACACAUGUGAUAAACAUUGUUUACACUUAUGCUUAUGCAUGUAUUUGAACUCUGUUUUUUUAAGGGUAUGAAGCUUUUAAAUUGAGGAAAAUCAUCUAAGUUUAGAAUUAUUAAGAAACACUUGUUCUUGCAUAAAUGUAACUAUAGGUGGAUAAGUCAAUUAAAUUGAUUUGUUCUAAUACCUUCCAUUGUACAUUUUAUUCCUAUUGAUAAUUUAGUAAUUUUUUCUUUUACUGUUUAAAACAUUUUUUAGCAAGAAAACGUUAUGACGGAAAGGUGCAACUUGAUUUGAAAAAAAAAAUUGUGAUACUUGCCUGGAGAAGGACGAAACUUUGACCUUAAUUGGCUGUUAAAAGCUCACUGUCACGAUGGAAAUAAAUCCUUAACAGUA